CUUUUAAAUUGUUGGAGAGAAUCGUGUGACCUGCGUCCGGCUCGCAGAUCCCCCGAAAACCAAGCGGAUAUUUCUGGACUUCAAUCUCCUAAACUCAGCCGACGAAGCCAAAUAUUCAUCAAAGAAAACUUAUGGCCAAUUCCGGGUUCCAGCUUCUUGGCUACUUCCUUGCCCUGGGGGGCUGGAUCGGCAUCAUCUCCACCACGGCUUUACCCCAGUGGAAGCAGUCGUCCUACGCGGGGGACGCCAUCAUCACGGCGGUGGGACUCUACGAGGGGCUGUGGAUGUCCUGUGCUUCCCAGAGCACCGGCCAGGUACAAUGCAAGGUCUACGACUCUCUGCUGUCCCUGGACGGUCACAUCCAGUCCACGCGAGCGCUCAUGGUGGUCGCCAUGCUUUUAGGUUUUAUCGGCAUGAUUAUCAGCGUUGUGGGGAUGAAAUGUACAAAAGUCGGAGACAAUAAUCCAAUUAUUAAAAGCAGAAUCGCUGUGUCUGGCGGGGUCCUCUUCGUGCUGGCAGGUCUUUGUACAUUAAUAGCUGUUUCGUGGUACGCCACGCAAGUCACCCAUGACUUCUUCAAUCCCAAUACACCGGUCAACGCUCGGUACGAAUUUGGCUCAGCUUUAUUUGUCGGAUGGGCCGCUGCCAGCCUCACGAUGCUCGGAGGGUCUUUCCUUUGCUGCUCGUGCCCCAAUGAACAAAGAAGAGGGCAGCAGUACUACAGACAGUCGCAGCCGUCCGCCACGACUAGAGAAACUCCAAAACUUCCUACCAAGAGAAAAGAAGAAGCGAGUUAAUCCCAGGACUCGACCAGAUUCGCACGAACUAUCAGCUUCUGGAGAGAGCUGAUCAUUUUCUGCUGAAAGGGCAAUGGAGAGGAAUGCGAAUCAGGAUUCAGAUGUGUUCAGUGUGUGUGAAGCCUGUUGCUUUUGCAAGGACUGCCAGGCCAGCCAAGCUUGUAUGAAUGCCCCCGGUAGUCUGCAAUAAGCUUUAAUAAACGGGGAGGAACCAAGUAUUUCCGCUGGAAAUAUUGGAAGAUGUGACCUGAUUGGCACAAUCUCUUCUGCAUUCUUUUUUUAUGAUUUUUAUACGGCUAAUUUAUUAAUUCCUGUUUCAUAUUAGAAGACGCGCGGGAGUCUGAUAUUUUUUUUAACACGACUAACUUUUGUAUCGAUGCGAGCGAUACAUUGUGGAUGAAUACAGGAGGGGGGGUUUGUUAUACAUGGAGCUUCUCAUUUAAAUAACGCUAUGACUUACAUGACUUUUUCAGAUCAUUUCUACAUUAUGGAUUUAGAAUCUUGUAACUUGUUGACUAAUAAAAAUCCAAAAAAAAAAACCCAAAAAA